ACCACAUCUUACGUCACUUCCUCCACGAGGUCCGGCCCAAAUUCCCGCCCGGAACAGUCAUUCGUCAACAUUGUUGUGCCGCUCACGCGCAGGAGUCUUUGUCUCUCGUCUUCGCUCUCUUUUCUCACAGAAUGGCGGCACAAAGAGUCGACUCGGGCCUGGACAAUAUUGUCGCUGACGAGGACGAGCUCCAGGAUGCUUUGUGCGUUCUGGCUGGAAGCGACCCAGAGAACUGCUCUUAUUCCCGGGGCUACGUGAAGAGACAGGCUGUGUUUGCCUGCAACACCUGCACUCCCAGCUCUGCAGAGCACGCGGGCAUCUGUCUGGCCUGCGCCAACAAGUGCCACGAUGGGCACGACAUCUUUGAGCUGUACACCAAAAGAAACUUUCGCUGUGAUUGUGGAAACAGCAAGUUUGGAGGUUUCCAGUGCCAUCUUAUUCCCACCAAAGAUAAGGAAAACGAUAGAAACCUCUACAACCACAACUUUAACGGCUGCUACUGCAUAUGUGGCCGGCCGUACCCAGAUGACCAGGACACUGAUGAGAUGAUUCAGUGUGUCAUCUGCGAGGACUGGUAUCAUAGCAGGCACCUGGGCUGCACUGUAGGGGAACCUGAGGAGCUGCAGGAGAUGGUGUGCGAGACUUGCAUGAACAAGGCUCCAUUUUUGUGGACGUAUGCUACUAACUAUGCAGUUCCACCGAUUACUGGUGACAGUCACCAUAAAGAGGAGGCAGAGGUAGUCAAGGGAGUAGAAGAGGCGGAAAAACACACCAAGCCCAGCCAAAGUGCAGACACUAGUGUUGAGCACCUAAAGCAGGAGGAAGCAGCAAACAAAAGUUUGCUUUGUAAACGGACCCAUAAAGAAAUGACUGGGGAGGUUACGACCAAAGCUAUGGUGUGUAAGCUGAUGGAGCUGGAGGCCCAGGGCUCGGGGACGCUGAGAAAGGGAGCUGUGUUCUGGCCUUAUAGUUGGCGCUCCGAGCUUUGCACCUGUACAAGCUGCAAGAGGACCUAUGUGGCGGCUGGGGUGCAGUUCCUCAUGGAUCAGUCAGACACUAUUCUUGCCUAUGAGAAAAGAGGUUUGGACGAGCCGUUCGGGCAGAACCUGCUGAUGGCACUGACGAGCUCCAUGGACCGUGUACAGCAGCUGGAGGUCAUUUACGGUGUCAAAGAGCUGACAACUUCAAUCACGGCGUUUUUAGAGCAGUGCGUUACUGAAGGAAAGACGGUCACGGUCGAUGCUGUACACGAGUUCUUUGAGGAGCUACAGGCUAAAAAAAGGAGGAGAACAAACGCAGGAUGCGAGUAACAUGAGCUGCUGCUACCGUCAUCAUAUGCUGGGUUCAUAUGAUUCCUUUGAAUGUGUCACUUUGAAGAUGGUUUCUCUGCUAAAUAAAGGGCUUUUGUGAUGAGGCUUGAACUACUAGUGCAAAGAAUAUUGAUUUCUAGCUAGUUUAUUUAUUUAAAUUAGAAAACACUGAAUUUGAAGUCCAGUGUUUGAUUUGAUGCUUUAACUUCAAAGCUCAUGAUAAAGCUUUACUUGAAACGCUGAUGUUAACACAUUUUUAAAUUUCAUUGAACCAAAACAAAGUCAGCUUUAUGCUUUAGACUUGUAGUCUACCUAAUCAUGUUUACAAUCCUGUGAAUGUAUCCUGACAUUUUGACUUUGUUAAAUGAUAGUGUGUUUCUGGUAUGUCAAACAAACUUGUAAAAUGUAAUAACUGUUGUGUGAAAUAAAGAUACAAAUAAAUUUA